CGCAGACUGGCGGCGGGCCGAAGGAUCAGUGAGUUCGCAGUGAUCAAGUGGUGACGACGAUGAGGAACCUCGUGAUUGUGUUUGUUGCAGUGGCCGGAGCCGCAUUGGCUCAAGACAGCUUCAAGUGCCCAGAUGACUACGGCUUCUACCCCCACUCCCACUCGUGCGACAAGUACUACAAGUGUGACGGCGGCGUAGCGGAACUCAAGACGUGCGGAAAUGGACUGGCAUUCGACGCCACCGACUCCAAGUUCCUCACGGAGAACUGCGAUUACCUACACAACGUGGACUGCAGCGACAGGCCGGGUCUCGAACCUGCCAUUAGCGCCCCUCACUGCCCUCGGCUGUACGGUAUCUUCGCAGACGAGGCGAAAUGCGACGUAUUCUGGAACUGCUGGAACGGCGAAGCCAGUCGGUACCAGUGUUCCCCAGGACUGGCCUACGACCGCGAGGCGCGCGUCUGCAUGUGGGCCGAUCAAGUGCCGGAGUGCAAGGUGGAAGAGGUGGCUGGGGGUUUCGCGUGCCCCGCGCCCGGAGAGCUUGCCAACGCCGGGUCUUUCUCGCGACAUGCCCACCCUGACGACUGCCGCAAGUACUACAUCUGCCUGGAGGGCGUUGCGAGGGAGUACGGCUGCCCCAUCGGCACAGUGUUCAAGAUUGGGGAGUCUGACGGAUCUGGCAACUGCGAGGACCCGGAGGAAGUGCCCGGCUGCGAAGACUACUAUGGCGACUUGGAUCUGAAGAGCAUCCGCAAGAGUGAGCUUCUAGCAGGACUGAACAACUCGCAGGGCCGCAGCUCUUCCCCAGCUGCAGCCCCCAACAGCAAGCCUAGCAAACCCCGUCCCCAGGGAAACCAAAACAGGCCUUCUCCACCCGCUUCACAAGGAGAAGCAUAAGACCCACGCCACUAAUCCCCUUAAUUAAUUUAGUCUAGCGUUCAAAACAAUCAGCAAAAAGUAUGUAAAAAACACGUAUGGAAGAAAUGAAAUCCUCUUCCAACUAUUUCCAUAGUCUUAAAACAAUGAAAGACUUGCUCUGUCAUCAACUUAAUGGGCUAGUUCUAUUAGCCUUCAAGCCUUAUUACUGACAGAAUCAAUUCCUUAUAUUAGAAAUAUCUGUGCCCCCCUCCACCAAAACUUCUAAACUUCUAAUCUUGAUUUAAGGUACACAUAAAAAUUUCAAGAGUCAAAACGAUUGUUAUUCUUAACAGAACUAGCUACUUGUUGCGUCUGCAAGUUAACUGUUACCUAACAGCCUUGAAUCAUUGCCUAAAAUAUUAAACUGCUUCAUAAAUAUCAUUACAAUUCGAUAAAAAUUCUAUUAAGUACAAGAAUAUCAUCAGAGUUACUGGGUUUUCAAACUUUGUCUAUCGUCCGGUAUUUUAAGAAAUAAACAACAGAAAGUUUUGGAAACUGGUGGACCUGUUUCUGUCCUCAGGUGAUAAGAGACACCCACUCUGUAGAGUCCCUUAGAAAGAUCUAACUUCAGUCACUGGACCAGCUCUUUCCUUUAGAGACUCAAUAGAGGAGGUGCCUCCCCCCUCACCUGAGGACAGAAUCAGAUCCAGUUUUGGAAACAUUUUGUUUUCUAGUAUUUAGAAUACCAGAUAAUGGACAAUGUCCAAAAACCAAGUAAUUCUGAGGGUUAUACACGACUGUCAGAACCCUUUUUAGAAUCUACAGGAAUAUGGUCAUAAUAUAACAAAAUAUGUAUAUAUACAAUUAUACAUAACAUAAAAAUGUUUUGAUAUAAUAUGAACAUCAACACCCAACACCUCCACCACCUCAUCUACUGGGAAUAAGUUUAACCUAUGACAGCCUAUGGAACCUCUGAGACUGUUUUCAUGCACGGGUGUGUUGUCUGUAAAAAGAACUCUUCCUGGUGCCCAGCACAGGUAUAUAUAUGUUCAUACUUCCCAAGAUAAUAAAUACCAUAACAAAAAGCAUUUGACUUAGAUGCAUGUGCAUUCCAAAACUGUACACAUAUAUCAUCAAGAGACCAGCUAACAAGGUGCUAAAUGCUGAUGCAAUGUGUAUAAAAGCAGUAGUAAUGGUUAUGGACCAUGGAUGCUAUGAUAUGGCACAAUGAAGUUAUUCAAGUCCAAUUAACACAAGAUCAUGUCCUCAAAAAUUUUAAUUUACAUGAAAUAGGUAUGAAUAUAUACAUAUCAAAGUUUUGGAUGAAUGGGAUGCCUCCAUCUACAGGGUUUCUGGCACAUCCUGGAAGACUUGUAAUGUUACUAAACACUCACUUGCUGCUAUACUAUUGCUCCUGUUCAGUUUUAUUAAUGGGCCAAAGCUUUAACAUUCACUUAUUUAUAAUUUGGUGCACAAAUUCUUAUAUCCUGGUCUGUGAAAUAUCAGAAAAUAUAACUAAAAGCGUCUGCCAUAUCACAGUGACAUGGGUUACAAUGUAAAGACCUAGGCUGGGCCAAUGUGCAGUCUUCUGCAGUACCAGACACAGCCUCAGAGAUAUUGCUCAGAAAGAGAUCUCAAGGUAUGAGUUUGCACACUUCUAAACCACAAAGUAGUGUUACAAGUGAAAAAUUAUUUGCUUUCAACGUUUGAGAAUUACCAUCCCUAAAAAUCAGAUUAUUAUAAUGUUAAUUCAGCUACAGCAACACAGUUUUAUUGCACUGAAUAUCUGAGCUACACAGAAAACUGCAUGUAUGAUGCCCACUAAAUAUUCAAUCCAUGACAACUUAACCUAGAAAAAAAAUGUUGUCUUCCAUUUCACGAAAACCUGCAGCGAAGACUACUACGGUGAACUAGAUCUGAAGGCACUUAAAAAGUUGGGAUUUAAGAAGUGAAACAAAAUGGCGUGAACCAUAUACCAGAACAAACACUUUAAAAAAAAAAUUAUCUGACAGCAGAGCAUCGGAUGUGUGUAUAAGUGUCACACAACACACCAAAUGUCAACUCUGAAGAGCGAAGUUAUGGGCAGACCACUUCUCAUUUGCCAUUUCAGUUCAGCUGUUAUUAAACCAAAGUGGUUCUUUAACUUAAAAAAUAUAGCAAAAAAAAAACUUGGAUUCUUUAAAAACUUAACAUAUAUGUACAAUUUGAUGUAACUUAUACAGAAGCAUUUUCAUGACAGAAAUUCUUGAUGUACUUUAUUUUUCCUGUCAUAAGUUGUAAAGAGUAAAAGAGCAAUGUAUGUAUGUAUGUGACAUCAGAGUCUCAACCCACCCAUGAGUUUCAGUGUGUAAACUGCAGAUCUGACAGACUGCUCACAGCCAUACCGACCAUUAGAGGUGUAUGGUAUAGCUCCCCUGACCAACUAACUUACUGUCAGAAACUGUUUACAACAUUACUUAAUCUACAAUGUGGGUUUGAACAAAGAGUAUGUAUGCCAAAAUGUGUGUUUUUUGUAAAUAAAAUGUCGUCUUUA